CAAACAGUCGUCUAUUAGCAUGUACAACACAACAAAUAAUUAACCGCGCCCGUAGCUUUCAUAUACUAAAAAGUAAAAACACCCAAAACUGUAUACGGUUCCACAACGAAGACCAACUGUACGACGAUACGUGAGAUUCUGGAGGGAACGUCGGACAGGUGAGAGGUCGGAGAGGCGUGUCGUGAAGAUGAACCCUGUAUGAUGACGUUUUGCUCUUUCUGAACUCUGAAUAGACGUUGAGCUUGUCUGCGGGAUGAAACCUGAGUUCGAAAAGAUACGCCGGUGUGUAUUGUGCACCAGAACACUAGGCAGCGUAGCCGGUUUAGGCAGGACGGACCGGUUAUACUCCUUUUAUGCAAAGUACACUGGGAUAAGAAGGCAGCGGUGGAGAGGAUCAGCAGACGAGGAAGUUAAUGAUUCGUUUUUAUGACCUGCAGCCAUGAUACUGAUCUGCAUCGCGUCUGUUCUCGCCUGUUCAGCAGCAGAGUUCUCCGUAGUCACCCCCAACGCUUCAGUCUCGGCACCGUUGGGUUCUUCAGUCGUCCUGCCCUGUGGUCUCUCUCCAUCUUUAAGUGCCAGAACUUUGGAAGUUCACUGGUACAAGAAUGAUGACAUUAAUAACCCGGUUCUGCUCUACCAAGACCAAAAAGUCCAGGAGAACAUUAGAACGGAGUACAGGGACAGAGUGUCUCUGAUCGGGGAACUGGACAAAGGGAAUGUCUCUCUGAAACUGGACAACCUGACAACAGUCGACAGUGGAGAAUAUACGUGCUUUGUAAAGAGCCUCAGUUGGUAUGAUAAGCACAGUGUGAACCUGCUUGUAAAAGCACUAGGUUCUACACCCCUCCUCUCAUAUCAUGAAGCUGGAGAAAAGGUGAACGUUACCUGUACAUCAGGGGGAUGGUCGCCCAAACCCACACUCACCUGGAGAGACAACGAAGGACGAGAACUCCCAAGCAGUCACGCUUACUACAGAACUGGCUCUGAAGGGUUGAUGAACGUGAGCUCAUGGCUGCUUAUCUCUUUGUCUGACCUCGAGUGGAUCUCCUGUACUGUGGGUUUAAACCAACAGGAAGUAAGAGAGAGCAGAGUUGUACCACACAAAGGAUUCUGGAGAGAAGCGUUCAUCUCGACUCUAGUGCUUUCAUUAAUUGUCCUCAUCGCCUUCACCGUUCUUCUGAUUUUGUUCAGGAGAGGUUUACUCUCGCACUGUUCGUCUCACAAAAACCCAAAAGCAGCAGCUGAUUCUCCUGAAUCCUCACCGGCAGAGACGGUUCCUCUUAACGCUGCGGGGAACUCUACUCAGAACACAACUCGAGGGAUCAGUGAUCAGGGAUCAUAUGUUCCUCCAGAACCUACUGAAGAACGGUCUGUGAAAGACAGAUAUAAAGUGACCCUCACACUGAAUCCAUCAACAGCUCACAGAUCUCUAAGAGUGUCCGGGGAUCGGGAAAGAGUUCACUAUAAAAAAACAAACGCUGAUUGUAAAUCUAAAUUUCCUCACGUCGUGAGUAAAGAGGAGCUCGGCUCGGGGCACUACUACUGGGAAGUGAUGAUAUCGGAUAGAACAUCAUCUGCGAAGCCGAAGUCAUCGUGGUGUGUAGGAGUGACUCAGAAACCCCACUCGGAGGACGUCCUCAGAGCUCUUUGUUAUGAAGAAGGCACUGGGUUGUAUCCUAAUACUGCGGAUUUCAGUAAAAUAACCAUCAGAUGUACCAUAACGAGAUUAGGGCUGCAUUUAAACUGUGAAAUGAACUCUCUUUCCUUUUACAACGUAGAUAAAACCCCUCAUGGUCAUCUCUACACCUUUAAUAACAUACCACACGCCACGUAUUUUGCGCUGUUCAGUCCAGGAGUGAAAGAUGUACAUCCUCUCAGAAUUAUAAAAUUGAAAGCUCAGAGUCAGCUAAAAAAGGAGCAUUAAGGCCAGAGGUUUGUUUUCAUGUUCAGCAGGUUGAACUUCCUGUAUCUAUAAUAAAUCUCAGGUUAUGUAAAUGACUGGCGCGCUGUAGUUCGCCAGUGCACAGUUUCAGUAUGAAAUCCCGUGAACUGUAGUUUACUCUGUAUUUGCUAGUUAUAACAUUGUGCUUUUGAUGUUUUUGUGUAUUCUGUUUUAUUAAAUUCAGUUUAUAUAUAAAA